AUGAAAAACUAUCUACUGCGUACUUGUAACCUUUGCACUUCUACUUCAAUAUAUUUCAGCGCCUACUGUAAUACGCUCGAUCAUCAAGCAUGCGACGAGUUGUGCAAGGUAGACAACUUUUGGUAUGGUCAUUGCACAGCAUGGGAUGGGAAGAACUUCAGCUGUAAAUGCUUCGAAUACGUUGCACCACUUGACGGUUCAAUAUGUACAGGGAAGCAUGCAUACUGUUCAAGGAAAUGUCAAGAAACGGGUUCCGAAGGUGGUUUCUGUUAUCCACAACGAGAUCGUGGUAUGGAACGAAGACGUACCGGAUGUGAUUGUUUCAAGGAUGUCAUUUUGAUAAAGCGGAGACAAUAUGUAUAA